AUGGGAAUUCGUUUGCUUUCGGUACUUCUUGGUGCUGCCAAGCAAAUUCUCAAGAUGCAGUCUGUUUCUGCAGUAUGUCAGUCCAAUGUUCCCAAAGGCCACAUUCCGGUUUAUGUAGGAGAAACCGAGAGAAAGCGGUUUUUCGUUCCGAUAUCGUACUUGAGUCAUCCUUCGUUCGUGGACUUGCUCAAUAGGGCUGAAGAAGAGUUCGGAUUCAGCCAACCAACUGGAGGUUUGAUGAUUCCCUGCAAAGAAGAAGCAUUCAUUGAUGUUACUUCUAGACUGCACACUUCAUGAAUGAUUUGUGAGCAAGGAGCAAUUCUCCUCACAGUUUUGACAAUUUUUUCCUCUUCAUCUUAGUGUAUAAGGAAAAUUUUGUAUGUAAAUGGUUAGAUUAGAAAAGGUCGAGUUACAAAGCCACUUGAACAGCCUAACAAAUAUCAGUUGAAAUAAAAAUUUGAUUUUUUUUU